GGACUAAUUUAGACAAGUAGGCGAAUAACAAGUACAAGUGAUUGUUGUAGUUUUUUUAUUUUUGGUUAGAAAGACAAACACGCAUCAAGGCGAACUUAUUUGGAAAACAGUCCAGUGUGGUUUUUUUUUCUGCUUUGGUGUUUUUUUUUAUUAGUUAAUUAAAUUAGAAAGACGAGUUAAAGCUAAUUUAACUUAAAAAAAAAUCUUAAAACUAAAACUAAAAUGAGUUCCAGUAGAAACAGAUGUCAGCCAAAUAGAGGUGCUGUGGGUUCUGCGCAUGCGCAGAGAUCAGCGACGGCAGCAGCAGAAGGGCUGGAGAUGGAGAUGGAGCGGAUGGAAUCACAGGCUGAAGCAGCAGGUCUCGGGGUGCCCGAGGAUUAUCAGCCGCCAGCAUCCAACUCCGGCUCUAGGCAGGCUUGGAGCCGUGAUAACCCGGGGUUCGAGCCCGAGGAGGGCCUGGAUGCGAACUGGAGGCGUGGACGCAGGUCCCUGUCCGACACUUCGAGCAGCGGGAGCAGCGGACUCGGGAGUUUUCGGCGGGGCGUUUAUCCAACUCCACCUGGAGAGGGGCUGCAGCUCGAACCGCUCGGCUAUGUCCCCAAGAUGCUAAAGAAAAUCAGACGUUUGUGGGGGACUCGUCUUCUGGAGGAGAGAGACACCAGCAGAGAGAUGUAUCUGAAGAACGUUCUUCGAGAGAUGAUUACCUACGUCUUGUUCCUCAUCACGUUAUGUAUCUUAACGUACGGGAUGGUGAGCACCAACAUGUACUACUACACCAAAGCCAUGUCUCAGCUCUUUCUGGAUACGCCCUUGUCAAGUGGAGACUCUACGACCUUCAGAAAUCUUAAUACUAUGGAGCACUUUUGGAAGUACACAGAGGGACCAUUCCUGAACGGGAUGUACUGGGAAAUGUGGUACAACAACCAGAGCUUGCCGGAGAACCAGAGCCUGAUCUACUAUGAGAACCUCCUGCUGGGAGUCCCACGCCUGCGGCAGGUAAAGGUGCUCAACCAGUCCUGUCCUGUUCACGAGGAGCUGAAGGAUGAAGUGUACGACUGCUACGGAGUCUACUCAUCCACCAACGAGGACAAGAAACCCUUCGGCCUGAAGAACGGCACUGCAUGGGUGUACUCUGAGCAGAGCAGCCUGGGUGAGGGCAGUCACUGGGGUGAAGUGGCCACGUACAGAGGAGGAGGCUUCUAUCAGGACCUGUCUCGCACCAGAGACCAGGCAGCAAAGCAGCUCCAGGAACUGAAAACGAACCUGUGGCUGGAUCGAGGCACCAGAGCCGCGUUCCUCGACUUCUCCGUGUACAACGGCAACGUCAACCUCUUCUGCAUUGUUAGACUUCUGGUUGAGUUUCCAGCCACCGGGGGCGCUGUGACGUCCUGGCAGUUUCAGACAGUCCGACUGAUGCGCUACGUCUCCAGCUGGGAUCACUUUGUUGGACUGUGUGAGGUGGUGUUCUGCUUUUUUGUAUUGUACUACCUGGUGCAGGAGGCGCUUGAGAUCCAGCUGCACCGCCUGCGCUACUUCAGAAGCCUGUGGAACUGUCUGGAUGUGCUCAUAGUGACGCUGAGUGUUCCCGCCGUCAUCAUGAACAUCUACAGAACGUCGGCAGUCAACAGCAGGCUGAGGUACCUGCUGGAGAACCACAGCACGUAUGCGAAUUUCAGCUCGCUCGCUAAUCUGCAGGUUCAGUUCAACAACCUGGCAGCAGUCAUCGUCUUCCUGGCCUGGGUCAAACUCUUCAAGUUCAUCAACUUCAAUAAGACGAUGAACCAGCUGUCCACCACCGUGUCCCGCUGUGCCAAAGACCUGCUGGGUUUUGCCAUCAUGUUUUUCAUCGUGUUCCUGGCGUACGCACAGCUGGCAUACCUGGUGUUCGGCACACAACUCAACGACUUCAGCACCUUCCAGGCCUGCAUAUUCACACAGUUCCGGAUCAUUCUGGGAGACUUUGAUUUCUCCGAGCUUGAACAGGCCAACAGGGUCCUCGGGCCGAUUUACUUCACCACCUUCGUCUUCUUCAUGUUCAUGAUUCUGCUGAACAUGUUCUUGGCCAUCAUUAACGACACAUACGCAGAGGUGAAGGCUGAUAUGGCACAGCAGAGAUCUGAGCUGGAGAUUACUGACCUUAUUAAACGGGGCUACCAUAAGGCCAUGGUGAAACUGAGGCUGAGAAAGACGACGGUGGAUGACAUCUCCGACAGUCUGCGUCAGGCUGGAGGGAAACUCAACUUUGACGAGCUCCGACAGGACCUGCGAGGAAAGGGCCACUCGGAUGCUGAGAUUGAAGCCAUUUUCGCUAAGUAUGACCUGGAUGGAGAUCAGGAGCUAACUGAGCAUGAGCACCAGCAGAUGAGAGACGAUCUAGAGAGAGAGAGAGAGGACUUGGAUCUGGAGCGCAGUUCGCUGCCCAGGCCUCUGAGUGGGCGCAGCUUCUCCCGUAGCCAGGACGACUCGGAGGAGGACGACGAUGAGGACAGCGGACACAGCUCACGUCGGCGUGGCAGCAGCUCCGGUGGAGUGUCCUACGAGGAGUUCCAAGUGCUGGUGCGGAGGGUGGAUCGUAUGGAGCACUCGAUCGGCAGUAUUGUGUCCAAGAUCGACGCGGUCAUAGUGAAGCUCGAGGCCAUGGAGAGAGCCAAGCUGAAGAGAAGAGAGGUGCUCAGCAGACUGCUGGACGGUGUUGUGGAGGACGAGAAGAUGGGGAGGGACACGGAGGUUCACAGGGAGCAGAUGGAGAGGCUGGUGAGAGAGGAGCUCGAACGCUGGGAAUCGGACGACGCCAUCUCUCAGGUCAGCCAACAGCAGGCCACUUCAGCCGUGUCGGGAGCUCAUCCCCGUCCACGUAGCACUCGCCCCUCCUCCUCGCUGUCCACCGAGGGUCCAGACAGUGGGGGCAACGGAGGUGCACAGGUGUAAGAUCUCGUCCUCAUACCGAUCACGUGGCCUUAAGAAGUAUUACGACACACUCACUGUGGUAUUUAAAUUUUUAAUGUUGUUUGUAGAUUUUCCACAGUGCACAGAUCCAUCAGGUACUGUUUAGAGUCGCAGUGAUACUCUGUCGGUAUUAGCACAGAUACUGGCACUUAGUUGCCGUAUUUGAAUCAGAGGAAGAGAAUCAAUACCCUGACAUCAAUUCUGAUUUGCACAGUUUAAUUUAGUUUUUUGUUUUGUUGUAAUUAGCUCAUGCUAAACAAUCUUAUUACACUAAAGGAGGGAUUUAGUUUAGCUAUAAAGCAACAGUUCCAACAAUCAUCCAACAAUUUUAACCCAAAGUUUAUACAAUAAUAAAGUCCCUGAGCGCUCAAUGUCUCAGGUGUAGCGUACAAUGGGGACCAAAAGUCUCAGACCACUCGAGAAAUUUAUUCUAUUUUAAUUCUUCAGUUAUCCAUUUCUGUCAAUAUGGUUUACACAAAAUACACCAUCCAGACUUUAUUUCAGUUCGUUCCAUAAGCUAUCAUUUACAUUUAUAGCAACUUACACUUAUCACUGACUAAAGUUCAAGCAAAUUAUGGGUCUUGCUCAGGGGCCCAGCAGUGGCAACUUGUCAGUGGUGGGGCUUGAACCUGCAACCCCAUGAUUACUAGUCCAGUACCCUAUCCGCUGAGCUACCACAAGCUAUCAUAGUUCAAGUUUGCGAAAUCCAACCAGUUAUAGGUCUAUACUAUGCUAACAGUGCUACUAAAAAUUCACUUACUUUAGCCAAAAUUUUAAAAAUGGUUUAACAUGUACUAUUAUAAAAUCUCAUAAGGACAUUUAAAGAAGGUAUGAUGGACGUGUGCUAGUUUGGCACUGAGGUUUAAUAUGCCAGCCCACCACUGCUUCGGAUGUCAGUGGUGCAACCAAGUACUAAUGAUCAGGAAUCUGAUAUUUUACAAAGCUCAUGUUGCACCUUUGGUACUUUUUUUAUUAAAAUCUUUGGUACUGGUGCCCAGGUGGCGCAACAGGAUAUUCCGCUAGCACACCAGAGCCGAGAUUCUGAACUCUCGGCUCUGCCACCGGUCGCCUGGGCGGGCACAAUUGGCAGUGCCUGCAGCAGACAAUAAUUGGCCACCGUGUCUGCUGGGUGGGAUGCGUUUGGGGUCUUUAAACGCUGUGUAAGCAGAAAGCAUGGGCGAACAUAAGGGGUCCGCUGUGCACGGGUCGGAGGAGCAGCAAUAUACCCUCCUCGAGUGCAAUCAGGGACCCCCAGCAGCGGAAGACAGAUUGACUCUGCCAAAUCGUGGGAAAAAGGGGAGAAAAUACAAAAAUUUUAUAGAAAUAAAUCAUUGGUACCUUUUUAUUAAAAGUACCCAAAAUAUUAAGCUGCGUUUCAACAUUUUAUUUAUUUAUUUAGCCAGUUUCUGACUAAGUACUAAACAUACAGGGCCUCACGUAAGACCUCUUUGGGAUUUUUAUCAUUUGAUUUACACAAUACGUCUAACACAGACGCAGCAGUCUAUCACGCUGAGAUCUGGGUUCCAAGCUGGGUUCCAAGCAUUUACACAGACAUGAUUUGCUAUGUCUGGGAAGUUAUGCGAUGAAGUGGUGCCCAGUCCCAUGUUUCCUGGUGAAACUGGACUUGUCCUGACCAGGAUAAAGCAGUAGAUGAAAAAGAAUGUCUCACAGAAUUUCCAAAAGAAAAGAAACAGGCAGAUUUGUGGCAUUUUGCGAUCAAUAUUUGAUUAUUCCACCUUUGGCUGCAUUUACAGACCUUAGGGAUAUGCCUCUUUCACAUUUUAACGUAAGUGGUGGGCUAGCGCACUAAACUGCUGUGCCACCCUGAUUGCAAAACGAGUAUCUGCAGAUUCCAUUUCUAAAGAAACAAUGAAGUGCAUACAUUUAAAAAAAAAAAAACUUUUCAUUAAUUGCAUUUUAUAAACACAAACACAUUGAUUUAUGUUUUAUCAGUUAAUGGUUCAUUUGCAUUGAAGUUAAUGGUGCAUUGAAGGUCUUUAUAAUCUAAUAUCAGUGUUUGUGUAAUGAAGGGAAUCGUGUAGCUUACAGUAUUUACUACUUUAAUUUAAGGCACAAGCAUUUAUCAGUAUGAAGCUUCACUUUUUUGCUGAUGGAGUGGCAUGUUCUGUCAUGUAUUUCCUACACCAGGUCAUGUAUUUACACAUUAAUGCCAUUAUUAAUUUCUUAUGUUAUAUAUAAUGUAACUUAAACAAACUUCGAUUUGGAGUGCAUCUGUUUUCAUGGGAAGCCCAUGUGUUUAAUGUGUACGGCCGAUGUUGUGAAGCAUUUUGCUGAUCCAAGUUUCUUUCUCACUACAUUUAUUUGGCACUACCUAUAUAUUUGUUCUUUAGUUUUGUAUGUUCCUAUAUUGAUGCUGAUAUUCAGUAUGAUGUUUGAUGCAGUAUUGUUGUAGGUGGUGAUAUCCUGAGCCCCUUUCACACGUGCCUCCCUCACACAAAAAUGUACAUGGCUGCAGCCACGUAUAAAUAUAUACCUGAUGCACAUAAUGUGAUGCAAUGUGAUGUAACAAAUCCCACACGGAAUUACACUUUCAAACUUCUAUACAUUUGUUUACUAGUUGUUUAUUCUCUUUACUUAAUGUCUUAUUAUGUAAAUGAUUCACUUGCUUCUUGAUUUAUCUAUAUGCCCCUCCUUCUUACAGCCAGGCCUAUCAGCUGGACAAACAUAGAACUAACAAACAAGGAGUCCGAGGACUCAGUCCUGAGCUUAGUCCCACGUACACUUGUGCAGAGCCACACCCAGGUGCAGCGUGUAAAUAACUAAUUAUUUUUUUUUUUAUUCCUAUUUGAUCCAAUCAUUCAAGGAAGAAUGAACACGGUACGAUCAAAAGUGAUGAGUAUUAUUAAGUGCAUUUUAAAGUGGGACCAGCCACAGCAGCCAUUCGCAGGGUUGUUACAAUCCGAAGUGGGCGGCACGGUGGCUAAGUGGGUAGCCCUGUCGCCUCACAGCAAGAAGGUCCUGGGUUCGAUCCCCAGCUGGGGCGGUCCGGGUCCUUUCUGUGUGGAGUUUGCAUGUUCUUUCGUGUCUGUGUGGGUUUCCUCCGGGAGCUCCGGUUUCCUCCCACAGUCUAAAAACAUGCAGGUGAGUUAAAUUGGAGAUACAAAAUUGUCCAUGACUGUGUUUGAUAUAAACUUGUGAACUGAUGAAUCUUGUGUAAUGAGUAACUACCGUUCCUGUCAUAAAUGUAACCAAAGUGUAAAACAUGACGUUAAAAUCCUAAUAAACAAACAAACAAUCCGAAGUUCCUAGAACAACUGAUAGACACUUCAGGCUACAAAUUUCCAUUAUAAAGUUUAAUUAUAAAGGCCAAAAAAAUUUUACAAAAAAAAAUGCAUUUAUAAUAUUAAUAACUUUUAGGCUUUACAGAUGAGGUUGGAAAUGCAUCUCAAAUGUUUAUUUCUUCUUUAGAGUGAAAACUUUGGUUUAGUUUCUUUAAGUUUUUAUUACAGAAGGUGUUUGUACCCUUCAGCAGGGUUAGGGUGCUGUGAUGAUUACAAAAACAAUAUUAUCAGCAGUAAUAAUAAUAGUAAUGGGGCACUCAGAUGAUGCAGCGUUCCAUCACACUAUCCCAUCACUUGAGAUCUGGGUUUGAAUCUUAGUGGUGCUGUUGGCUGUCCAGGUGUCUAAACACAGACAUAUUGGUUAUGCCUUGAAGGAAACUUGGGGGUGGGGUGUAGAGUGGCAAAGCCCUGCGAUGGUUUGGUGCCCCUUGUCCAAGGUAUUAUUGCCUUGCAGACAAUUUGACUGAGCUUGGCUGAGCAGGCUUGUUUGCAUUUAUCUUACUAUUUAGAUAGUAGGUUUGUACCUGGGCACAGUCUUACCACAACUUUUAUUGUUCACAAAGAAAAACAUGACAGACGUCAGUAUUAAAUGUCUAGCAGUUUGCUGGGAUUGCAGUCAAAGCAUGAUCUGUUGUUGCCAAUAAAGUGGACACAGCUUAAAUUGUUCACUUGUGAAUACCUUUUCACUCUAUGAUCAGUUUAUACACAGUCCUACUAGAGAAUUACUGGUAAAUACCUGGGUAAAGACGCCUGUGUGAAAGGGGCUUUGGUGCACUGGUGGGUAGUAUAAACUUUUAUAAUGUUCAUAUGUUACAGUGAAGGCAGAACUUGUAUCAGCAAACAGCUCUAAAGGUUUUAUUCUGUAUUGUGCUUAAGGUACUUUGGAAUGUUUUUUAUGAAAACUUGUUUGAAAAUAAACAAUAAUAAGCUUUAA